CACGGCACGGGCCACGGUAUCGAGACCUCCGAUAGUUGUCCUUUCGCGGCUUACCUUUUGAAGUAUUCUCUGGAUCCGUAACUUGAUUAUAAACAGUCAUAUUUUGAUACAUCCCAGUUCGUUGUGGGAGCCGAAACUGCGGUCACGCUAAUUCAUCCUUGUGUCGAUUCGUUUCCAACGAUAGGCCUCACCCCCACGCGCGUACCUUUACAAAUAACCAGCAAAAUGGACGCGCUUCGGUCGGCUCUGCAGCCCGUCACCCACAACCUUCCGGGUCCGAUCCGGGAUAUCGGCCUCUCCCUCAUCGGAGACUCGUGUUACAAGAAGCUGAUACUCGACAUCGACCUCGAACACAACCCUGAAUGUCUUAAGCUUGCCAUCAGUAAGGCACUCGGCAUUGGCAUCGUCGCUGCCUCCUCCAUCGUCAAGGUGCCCCAGAUCCUCAAGCUUGUCAAUUCGAAAUCGGCCAGCGGCGUUUCUUUCCUCUCGUAUCUCCUCGAGACCAGCAGCUUGCUUACCUCGCUCGCAUACAAUGUUCGAAACGGAUUCCCCUUCAGCACCUUUGGCGAGACGGCCCUGAUCCUCGGUCAAAACGUCAUCAUCUCCGUGCUCGUGCUCAAAUACAGCGGCAGGGCUGGCAUCGCGGCCUUGUUCGUCGCGGCACUGGCAGUCGGCGUUGCUACUCUUUUCAGCGAGCAGCUUCUCAACAUGCAGCAGUUGAGCUACCUCCAGGCCGGCGCUGGAGUGCUGGGUGUCGCCAGCAAGGUUCCCCAGAUCUUGGCUAUUCUGCAGGAAGGUGGAACGGGACAGCUCAGUGCAUUUGCUGUCUUCAACUACCUCGCCGGAUCCCUCUCGCGCAUCUUUACCACUCUUCAAGAGGUCGACGACAAGCUCAUUUUGUACGGGUUUAUUGCCGGUUUCGCGCUGAACUUGGUUCUCGCUCUGCAGAUGGUAUACUACUGGAACGCGCCCUCGGCCAAGGCACGGGGCAAGCAGAAGGUGCCUGCGGGCCCGAUUCCUGCUGCGACGUCGUCGGCUACCGCUACUGGCGCGUCCACCUCCUCCGAGCCGAGAGCAAAGAGCAAAGGUCCCACGACCCGUCGCCGCGGUUAGACGGACCAGCGUGUGUUCUCUUUCUGGCUGGGCAAGUCUGAGAGUGAUAUUGUGGGGGUUAUUUCUAGUUACUUGCUUUUUUCUUGGUAUAUCAAUGUUUGGAAUACAUGAGCUUCCGAUGAACCUUUGGUGUCAGCUGACUUUUCGUCCUGCGUACAAAUGCUACAAAAACGUUAGCCAGGAGCCUUUGACAAUGUGUGAUACUGCGUUCACGGAGGCUGAAAGGCGUUUGAAUGGUUUAGCGUCUUCAAAGCAAACUAUUGUCCUGGUCCGAUAGCUUGCAGUAAUCACAGACACUAGCGUUGGUUCAUUGAAAGACCGUUCCAGA